AUGAGUGCAGUUUAUAAAAGAAGAUUACGGCAGGUGAAGCUAGUCAUUCUAUAUUUGACAUGUCGUCUCAAAAAAGUAUCUAUGUCAACUAAGGAAAUAAAUGAAGUAAAGAAAAAAAUAACUUUAUUGUAUGUGAUUUAUAAACGUUUGAAAAAUAAAAUUAGUGUGAGUAAAGUGUGGGUUAGGCCAGCAUACACCGUAGAGCAACGACUGCUGCAAGGAGACAGUGAUAACCUGCUGGUUUUAUUAAAAACUGACCGCUCAAUGUAUUUCAACUAUUUGAGGAUGAAUGUUGAAACCUUUGAAGCUCUUCAUACUUUGGUAAGGCCUGUAAUUGAAAAAAAAAAAACAGUUGUUCGGGAACCAAUUUCUUCAAUUACACGACUGCAAAUUACCUUGAGGUAUUUGGCUUCAGGCGAUUGCAUGAGGUCUAUAGCUUAUGCUUUUAGAUGUGCUCCAAACACUGUUUCUGAAAUAGUGCAUGAGACAUGCCAAUCUAUUUGGCUUCAACUAAAAGAAUUAGUUUUGAAAAAACCUAGCAGCAAAGAGUGGCUUGAAAUUGCUGAAGACUAUGAAAGUAUUUGGCAUUUCCCGCAUUGCAUAGGAGCAAUUGAUGGAAAGCACAUUGUUAUGCAGGCGCCAGCCAAUAGCGGUUCUAUUUAUUAUAACUAUAAAAGAACUCAUAGUUUCAAUUUAACUGGGGUAGCAGAUUCACAUUAUCGCUUCAUUUUAGUAGAUGUUGGAGCUGCAGGUCGUCGUAGUGAUGCUGGAGUUUUUGCCAAUAGCCUUAUCAAAAACGGACUGGAUACAAAUUCUUUUAAUGUUCCUGCACCAUCUGCUGUAGGCAAUAACUCCAACAACUUGCUUCCAUUUGCUUUGGUUGGAGAUGAAGCCUACCCAUUAGCUACUUACCUGAUGAAGCCAUAUCCAAGAAGUUCGAAUUUGGACAUACGGAAGAAAAUUUUUAAUUAUCGUCUAAGCAGAGCACGAAGAGUAAUUGAAAAUGCAUUUGGGAUUUUGGCAGCACGAUGGCGCAUUUUUCGAAGGCCUAUUAAUAUAUCCGUCUCCAGAGCCAAGAAGAUAGUUUUGGGUACAGUUUGUUUGCACAAUUUUAUAAUUACAAAAGAGUUAGAAAAAGACCAACAACACCGACAGUAUACAAAAUUGUCAACAAUAUCUACUAUCACAAAUGUAUCCAGUGGAAUGAAAGAUAUUCCACAGUGGAAGGACAGAACGAGAAAACAGUCCGCUCAUCGUUACAGAGAAAACUUUGCCGAUUAUUUUAUGAAUGAUGGUGCAGUAGAAUGGCGGUGGGAGAAGGCGGAAAAUAAUGAUUUUUAA